AUGAGCAACGACCAUAUGUUUGAAGGCAAACGUUUACAAAAUCAUAUGAUUCGCAGUGUUGGCGUUAUUGAUGCGGAUACCUGUGGGUUAUUUUGCUUCGAAGAACCAAACUGCGUCAGUUUGAACUUUAAGAAGUCAACGAGCCAAUGUGAGCUGAAUAACUCCACUUUUGAAGGACAAGAGUCGGAUAAGCUGGAGACAAACGCGGAUUAUUUCUAUCAAGGAGCCAAAGUAAGUUAGACAAGCAAGUAACAUUUAAUUCAAGGAACUUCAAAGACCAAAUAUCUCACCUCGUUAAAAUUGGUCUUUCCCAAUCAUGCAGUCAGGUUGUUGCUCAUGGCCAAAGUAAGGAGUUGUUGCAAGGGAUAACUCGUUAAGCCUUCCCACUCACGUGCAGGAAAAACAGCGCUAAAAUGGCUAUUUGGCUAUCCUUUAGAAAACCCGUUGAAGCGGUUUAGCUUUUCUUGUUGAAUGAGUUUGUCAAUCAAAGCCGCAUAAGUCGGUUGAAACGCUUCUCCGAUAAAAACUGGCUAUCCUUUAAUUUGACGCUGGACUUUUUCUACUUCGUGAAUCGUUAACAGAGGUGUAGCGCUCGAUUCGACUUGCAUGUUUGGAGCAAUUUUUCAAAAAAAUAUUGGUGAUAGUAAGACUUUUUUCCUAGCAAACGCAACUUGCACGAAAGACAGCGAGGCCUACUCUGCGACCCUAAGUCGCCGUAAUUUUAGGCGACUUAAUUAAAAGUUAAUGAUUGAGGCUGAGUAUUAUGAAGAAUUAUGGAGAUCGAGGAGGGUGUUAUCCGUCGAGGCCGUAGGCCGAGGCGGAUAACACCCUCCGAGAUCUCCAUAAUUCCUCAUAUUAUACGAAAGCCGAAUUCAAUAACUGUUUUAUUAUUCAUUUAAAAUAAUUCCUAGUUUUAAAACAUGGCUAAAACAUGCUUACCUCCAUCAAUCCAUCGAUGUUCAGUUCAUCUUCGAUAGUGUACGUUUCGGUUUGUGCAGCUCCGCAAAUAUUCUCCAAACAGCAGAUGUCGCCCUUCAAGUUGUCUUCUUGCUGUUCUUGCCAUGUUUUUAGCUAUUUUUUCGCCCAGUUCUUACUCUUGAAAAGAGUGAAAUGUCCGCCAUUUUUUCAAGUUCACAACCAAAACAACUCAACCUCGUCCCCAGGUCUUCUCGGUUAACGAUGCCUUAACCUGCGAAAUUGACGUCAUUUCUUCGUUAAAGUCAAAAUUCUUCCAAAUUUGGUCAUCAGUAACUGGUUAUGGUGAAUUAAACGUGUGCUUUUAGCCCGUGAUCAGAAUCGGAAACAGAAGAUGUAUGACAGAGAUGGUCAUUAGAUAUGGAAGAAGGCAUUUAUUAGUAUGUAGGAAGACCCUCAUUAGUAUGGAGGAACGCACUUUUACCUAGCUAGCUAGACACUGACUAGGCACUUAAUUGUAAUAUAUGCAGGAAGGUCAAAUUAGAAUGCAGGAUUAGGUACUUGCUAGGCACUUGCUAGACAUCAACCAGGAGUAAAAACAACGAAGUACACUUACCAACGCGUAACUUUAAUUUAAAAGGUGAUAUUCUUAAUCAGGUGAUUCUUCGUGUCCUAGAACGCAUGCUUGAAAACCCAUUGCAAGAACAAAGCCACCUGUCAAACCGGUUUUACAGAGAAAGGAUACCACUGUUUGUGUACCGUUGGAUUUAAAGGAGAGUACUGCGACAUCGGUAAGUACCUUAUUUGCGGGACGGCUUCUUUGACAGCUGCAAAUAAUGGUGAGUUAACGCAACAGGACGGCAGGAAGAAAAGGACAGUGAAAAACUUGUGUGUGACAAACGUGACAGGGUUAUUUAACGUGCGUGUUUUGUCGUGAUCUUUACUUAAUUAACAUUAACGUUUUUUGGUCUUUACAAAAACAUCUGUUUAAAAGAAAAUGAGGUUUGUUGAAAAAAAUUAAGCUAUUUCAGGAACAAAAUUUUUGUCUCGCUUGUCACACAAUGCUUACAGUCUUCUAUCCUCUCCUGUCCGAUUGCGUAUAAGUUCAUUCUUAAAAUAAAAUCUUAGUCGCUAAAGAAGUUUCCCGCCGAUUUUCAAAGUGUGUGUUGCUAAGAUUAAUUUAAUAUGCAGCAAGCGUUUACUCGAUCACUGAGUUAUGGCUGGUUUACACGUUGUACGACAAAAGAAAACAUCAUGCUUCAAACAACAUACUGAUGAAUGCCCUGUCGAUGGUUUUCUUUUAUCACGUGAAAAGGUACUAGUCAUUAGGCCAAGCUGUUCGAAAGGUUAGAAUUAAGCGCACAUCUCAGUUUUCCCUAUUAGAUUAUAAAGUCUUAGAAUUGUCAAUUUGAUUUAAUAGAUCUCUGCUUGAUAAUAAAGGCUCUCGAAAGUAUUUCAUACUUUUCGUAGCCUCUACCAGGGUAGGGACCACCCGAAAAAAUACCUGAAGCCAAUUAAAAACAAGACGCUCGCGAAUUUUUUUUGGCUAUGCCUUUCGACAAGGAAAAUAAUGUGCUUUAAUUUCAGCUUAACCCUGGAAGUCAGAUCACUGCAUCGGCUCGUGUCUUUAUGUGCACGAAACAAGCUUAAGUUUAAAAAAAGUCAGUCUUAUACUUUUAAAAUGUUGUUGCGAUUUGAUGGCCUGUUUAAUUUGAAUAUUUAGACAUUGAUGAGUGCGCCGAAGGUACACACAACUGCAGCAAUAAUACGUUCUGCACCAAUAACGAGGGAUCUUACAACUGCACUUGUAACCCGGGAUAUUACGGAGAUGUAGAGAACUGUGAACCGGGUAAGUCUGGGUUGCUAAGGGAGAGAAGAGGAGACCGCAAUCCUAAUCUCCAGGUUGUUAUUACGCAUGCGUCGAGCGUUUGUAGCAUGCGAAGCAUGGAAUGAAUGGAAUGCACAGAACGCAAUUUCAUCACGCGCGAUUAGACCUUCUAUCACUCGUAAUCUGAUCACGGGUGUUUUGACGUAUCUCUCACUUGAAACAGGACGCAAAACACAAUAGCAGUCACCGAUGGAGCAAAAGGGUUUUGACCUUCGAUCGUUGUCGCCCGCACUCUUUAACCUUUGGUUAUAUAUUGCUAGCUAUUUUUAUAAAUUAUUUGUUAGCCUGUAACCCGCUCGAAAUUCAUCUUGUGGGGAAGUCCCCAAUAAUAGUUCACAGAACAGCGUCUAUCCUCUAUACUUGUAAACAUUGCUUCGAGCGGUUAAAUUCGAUCAGUUUAAUAUACAAAAAAAUCAGAAAACUCUGUUUUUAGACUCUUGUUGUUUCUUUUUUUCUCUUAUGGUUAAAAACAUCAACGCUUAAGAAUUUCCAUAUGUUCUAAAACCUUGGCGAAACACCGCGUUCUGACGCCCGCCCAGCAAUUUUGUUUUGCUUUAUAUUCACCUCCUCAGUAGAGCUGAGAUUAUAAAAGUUGCUCAAAAUAAUAUACUAUAAUCAUAAGGGCCAUUAAAAAUUUAAGAAAUUUCCCCUACCGUAAACCUAAAAUGUCCUAAACGGUUCAUGAAACUUAAAACGAUAUAGUCGUUCAUGACUUACGUUGGAUCUCAGCUUCGACUCAGUUAUAUUAGGUGGUGGGUAAUCGACGGCCUUCGAGAAAUGGUUGGCCUACCUCUUACAGUUUAUCUCUUUGUCUGUCUUCUGUGUGAUGCAGUUUCAUCCUGCAAGGACAUCUUUGACAAGAAUAUGUAAGUAACAAAAUUUCAUUGGUACUCUUUGAUACAAAACCCUUUGACAUGUGUAAAUUACGGAAAGUUCUCUUAAUGCUCCCAAUUAGAGAUGCAAUCAGUUUCUAUAUCCUUAAUUGACCACUACAGAAAAAAACAUAACAUACCAUAAUACUCUUUGUUAGUCACUCCAAAAUUUUGCAUAAGCAUUGUCUUCAGUUUCACUUGGAGCCAUUUUGACUCGAAACUGAAGACAUGAAUGCUUAUACUGAUAUUUUGGAGUGACUAACAAAGAGUAUUAUGGUAUGUUAUGGUAUUUUCUGUGGUGGUCAAUACGGACACCUCAUGAAAUUAAAGGAAAUUAAGGACUUGUAUGCAAUGCAUCACUAAUUUGCCGUAUGAAUAUCCCAAAUCCUGAUAUCACAAAAGACAGAAUGCUAUCUUAUCGUGCCAUUUUUUUUCCGCUGUUUCCAACAUCUUCUGCCAUCUCGCAGGAACCAGAAAAAUCUAGCACUGAGGCUACGAAUGCUUAUUAGGCUUCCAAUUGCAUUACGGUUUUCUUUUAGUCAACUGAUCAAUAUAUUCGUUUUGUUUUGACUUUUGGUACAUCUGAUUGAGUCAAUGUAUUUUUGCAUCUUAUUACAUUGUUUUUAUAUAAAUAUAUAUUGGUAGAAAACAGUCUAAUUUGCAAUUUGAACUUUUUAAGAUCCAAUGAAAGCAAAGCGUACCCACUUGUUGUGGAAGAUGAAGUUAUUGACAUUUAUUGUCCGAUGACCAUGGCAACGACUUCAAAUGGAGAAUGCAGUGAUGGUGGAUGGACGCUGAUCAUGAAGAUUGAUGGUAAUCAGGUAGCUGACUUGCAUUAUCUAUGGUUGCUUUCAUUUUCAGUUUUUGAUUUUAAAUGUCUCUCGAUUUCCAUUUUCAUGUAAAAUAACUGUCCGUACCUUAGUCAUCUAUAAAAACAAGCUAAUAGCACAAACCCACUUAUAUUAUGUUUGCAAUCAUCUUAAGUUAAUAGUGUACUUGUAAGCUUCUGAUUUAUAUUCUGUACUCCAGUUAAUCUCAGCAUUGUUUUAAACGUAACUUUUCUUCUGUUCUUUACCUUUAUUUUUUUACAAUUUAUGUACCGAUAAGUUUAAAAACUUUUGUUGACUUGUCAAUUUAAUAGCAUUUAGAGUGCGUAUUAGACACUACCCAGCUAGACUAGCCUUAAGAUCUGAAUUAACCAAUAAAAAUGAAAUGAAAAAAUGAAACUAAUUUCUUGACAGAGUGCUAUAAUGUUCUUGACUAAUGAAUGACCGUUCAUAAUAGCAUUCCUAUCAUAUUAAGACGGAAUCCAUCGGGAAAUUGGGUAAUUUCAAUUUUAUAUCGCAUUUUUUUUUUACACUUUUCAAGUGCUAUAGAUGUAAUUCGUAGUAACACCAAAGACAAUUUCUUAUGGGAGCCCGAGAAAAUAAAUGUCAAAUUUCACAUGAAUUGAGAAAGCACACUCAGGUAAAAUCGUCAUAGGUAAGAUUUCACUUUGUGAAUUUUGAAGCUUUUGAAAUUUGUUUUCUCGGGCGCCCAUAUAUAAGACCCUUUUUCUCUGGAGUAAUAUUUCAUGUAACUUAUUACAUUAAUUUUAUAGCCCUCGAAAAGUGUAAAAAAAAAAGAGAGCAAUAUGCUUGAAAUUAUUCUGGUACAAGGUUUUUGUCCACUGGAAAUUAAAUUUUCCUCAAUUUCCUGGUGGAUUCCGUCUUAAGGUAACUUUCACUAUAGGAAAUAUCUCGCCAGAUAUGUGAACCUUUGCUCAGUUAUAUUUUUUAGCCGGCCUCUAUAACCAUUCUCCUAUUUAUGUAUGUAAGGUGAUGGUUUGUUAUAAUUUAUAACAAAAUGUUCUUCCCAAAGCAAACGUUCCACUACACCUCUGCAUACUGGCAAGAUAAAAACACCUUCAAUGUUGAUGGAGGCAAGACUGGAUUUGACUCACAGGAGACCAAACUUCCCUCCUACUGGAACACAUCCUUUUCAAAGAUCUGCCUGGGAAUGAAGGUUAGCAACAAGAUCAAUUUUAUCGAAAUCACUAAGAGCGCCAGUUCCCUGUAUUCACUGAUCGCUGAUGGGCAAUACGGCAGCACCUCACUUGGUCGUGACAAGUGGAAGUCCGUAGUUGGUCCCGAUGCUUCCUUACAGGUCAACUGUAACAUGGAAGGUUUUAAUGCAGCGUGUACCAGGACUACACACUCCAAAGCAAUAAUCGGUAUACUAGGUAAUGAUGGAAACAAUUGCGGGUCCUGUAACUCCAGGAUCGGCUUUGGCACUGGAGGAGAACACGACGACUCUAACACAUGUGGAAACGACGCUAUAUAUGGCGGUGAUAAUGGGGAUCAGCAUAUCAAAGCUAUGGGAUACAUUUUGGUUCAAUGA